AUGGCGUCUUCGAACGGCGGAGUUCCACCGGGGUUCCGGUUUCAUCCUACAGAUGAGGAGCUUCUUCAUUACUAUCUUAAGAAGAAGAUAUCUUUUCAGAAGUUUGAUUUGGAGGUUAUUAGAGAGGUGGAUUUGAAUAAGAUGGAGCCAUGGGACUUGCAAGAGAGGUGCAGGAUAGGAUCUACUCCACAGAAUGAGUGGUACUUCUUUAGUCACAAGGACAGGAAGUACCCAACUGGUUCAAGGACGAACAGGGCAACGAAUGCCGGGUUUUGGAAGGCAACUGGAAGAGAUAAAUGCAUCAGGAACAGCUACAAGAAGAUUGGAAUGCGAAAAACCCUAGUUUUCUACAGAGGGAGAGCUCCCCAUGGGCAAAAGACUGAUUGGAUCAUGCAUGAGUACAGGCUUGAAGAUAGUGAUGAUCCUCAAGGCAACUCCAGUGAGGAUGGCUGGGUAGUUUGCCGAGUUUUCAAGAAGAAGAACUUAUUCAAAGUUGGAAACAAUGAAGGUGGUGGCAGUAGAAUCAACUCAGAUCAUCACCAACUCAAUAACACAUUGAGCUCCAACCAUAACCAGCCUCGGACCCUCACUCUCAGAGACACUGAGUACCUCCGCCGUCAACAUACUCAUGGCAGCAACCAACCAGGCUUCGACCUCUACAAGCCUGACCUUGCCCUACACUACUCCCACAUCCCAGCACUUCCUUACUCCAAUUUACAACCUCAAGCCCUUCUUCAUGACUUGUCCACUCUUCCUUCAGAUACAACCACCAACCCAUCCAUGCUCAAGAACCUCUUGUCAAUCCAGAGAGACUGUGACAGUGGCGGCGGUGGCGGCAGCGAGAGCCUCGCCGGACAAAUACAUUUUCAACCUCAUCAAGCUUGUGAAGCAGGAUUAGAGGUAGGGACAUGUGAAUCAGCUCAACAGCAUUUGGUAGGAGGAAGAGAAGAAGGCCUUAAUGACUGGGCUAUGCUAGUAAAUUCCCAUCUUGGUCAAGAGGAUUCCUCCAAAGGAGUGAGAUUUGGAGAUGCAAAUUCUACAUCAGUACACCAAAUUAAUCAGCUUUCACUCCGUGGAGAGAUGGACUUUUGGGGCUAUGGGAAGUAG